GUAGGCUUCAAUUGUUUGAGUACUAUUCUUUCCUUUCGUUCUGCUCAACUGACAUCAUUUUUGAAUACGCGGAGCCACUGUCAAAUAGUUCAUGAAAACGUUUUCCACUGAAACGAAACCAUGUGACGUGAUCGUUUCCCAGCUUAUGUACAUUACGCGCCUCUGUGGCUCUGCUCCAAGCAAAGCUCUCAGAGCCCCAUCACCUUUCUCUUCGUUCACCCUUGAAUAGAAGGAAUCAGUAUAUUUCUGUCGUACGCUUCGUACUCCACAAUGGACAUUACCAACUGGGAUUCAGUUCUACAGUUUUCAUCUGGUGCCAACAUGGAGUUCGGCUUGCAAAAUGACGAUUUUCCCGAACAAAGCACAUCCUCUACGCCAAAUCUGCAGGUGCCGACUCCUCCGCAUUCUACUGACGGCGGUUCGCCGAUAUGCGAUGAUCCUUCUGAUAACAACGUCCUCGUCUCGAUCUCGACUACGUUUUAUCCGGGGGCAAACUUACACUCUCUUCCUCCCGACCUCGCACUCUUGUCCACCGAUUCAGUAUUCUUUUACGUUCAUUCUCACAUCAUUCUUGCUGCGUCAGACAAUAACUUCCUCUCUUUACUCCCGACGUCAUCUUCCAAGGAGCAGUCCUCUAAUAUGGUCAUACACGUACCAGAACUUUCUCCGGUCCUGAACAUAAUACUCCACAUCAUAUACAAUAUAUCUUGCAGCCACUAUUCUCCUUCGUUCGAGACGCUGUCCGACGCCGUACAUCGGCUGCCAUCGUACGGCAUUGACCCAAAGUCAUGUAUCACGCCUAGCACUCCCAUACACGCUUUGCUUCUUUCUCAUGCACCACUUUGUCCCUUGGACGUCUACACACUUGCCGCCAAAUACGAUUUAUACGACUUGGCUGUCCCGACCUCUUCACAUUUAUUGUCUUUUCAGUUGUCUACACUUACAGAUGAUACGGCGGAAGCAAUAGGACCUAAGUAUUUACGUAGGAUGUUCUUCCUACACAUUGGUCGUUCGGAUGCCUUGAAGAGAAUUUUACUUCAACCACCGCAUCCCCAUGCGCCUACUCCCUGGUGCGACUUCGCUGAUCAGAAGAAUUUGACUCGCGCCUGGGCGUUAGCAUCAGCUUAUCUUGCCUGGGACGCCCGACCAGAUGUGUCAACAGGUUUUCUGGAAGCUGCUCUUACUCCUCUGGUGGAGCAUUUAUCCUGCGAUCUGUGCAAACAAGGUCUGAAAGACCGCAUCAAAAAUCUCAUCGUGCAGUGGUCUGUCGUGAAGCGUACAAUAUAAACGCCAAAGCUUCCAACGACCUCGUUUUCCUCUGUUCCAAAAUCAUUCGUGCAUUUAUUAUAUGCUAUUCAACCUUUAGAGUCUACAGACGCUUUGCCUUCCAACACCUGAUUCAACACCUGAUCCAAACUGUGUACUAUAUUACCACUCGUGUUCGUCCUGUCAUCCAUCCACGCAUUUGAUUCACGCGCACCAACGAUAUUCUAUACCCUCCAUUCGGGAUCGAUCUUGGUGUCCUGAUUUGUACAGUAUCACUCGAUGUAUCUGCAGUUUUUUUGCCUCUCCAGAAUUUUGUACAAUAGUCUCCUUUACCCUAUUGAAGGCCUUCAUACACGCAUAAUGGGUCUAUUGUAGCUGACUUCAUAGAAUCAUAACACACGUUGAGAUUUUUUGUAAUUGCUUUAGUAUUCAAUAAUCAGUUUCUGCAAG